CCCAAGUCCAACGCACCAAAUUUCUUCCUCCAAAUCCAAAAUUCACAGCUUGGUGGGUGACCUCCGGACCGGAGAUCGUCACCAAGUCCACCGCCAAAGUUUCAUUCUGGUUGAGUGCUCUCUGUUUGUUGGGUUCUCUCUCUCUCUCUCUCUCUCUCUCUUCGAUCCAAUCUUUGAUUUUGUGGAUUGAUUCUGUAAAUGGGUACAAAAGAAGAAGCUCAAGGAACCCUCUCAUCAACUGAUUUUGGUGUUGCUGCUUCUGCUUUCAUCCUCAAUUGGAAUACAAUUUGCUCUUCUUUUCCUCCAUGGACAUGGGUCCUUUCUCAUCAUCAAGUGGAAGGAUACUUAUCUUUGGAGAACGUACUUCUCAGCUCAACUCAGGAAGAACAUGGUGAACUAAGUUGCCCUGGGCCUGGGAAACACUCUCACCUAGAGGAGCCCAUUGAUGUUGAUGAUGCCACCUUAGUCCACACCAAUCCUUGUAAAGUACAUUACUAUGAUCUCCAUAUAAUUUAUUGCAAUUCAUAUAGAGUUCCAGUGCUAUAUUUUCGUGCCUACGACAGUGAUGGAGAACCUCUGGAGUUUGAUGAAAUUGAAAAGGACCUUCCUGCCUACUCUAAAAAAGCAUUGUCAGAUUCAAAAUGGACGUUCAUAACCCAGGAGGAGCAUCCAUACUUGAACAGGCCAUGGUACAAAUUACAUCCGUGUGGGACCAGUGAAUGGAUGAAGCUGCUAUUUCAUGCAGAUGAUGCUCUGGCUAAAACUGGAGUGGCGAUUGAAUUAUACUUGGUUGCCUGGCUCUCUGUUGUUGGGCAUGUGGUUGGUCUUAGGAUCCCCUUUGAAAUGAUGAAGCAGCUAUAAUCAGUUGUACAGUUAAUAACCAUUCAUUAGAUGAUCUGUUUAUAGCAUGAAAUGAAAGCAGGAGAAUGCGCUUUUUCUUUU